UCCCAUGGGAGAAGAGUCCAACAACAUCAAGUGGCAGGGUGACAAGUCAGUAGCUGAAAGGAACUCCUAACCGAACCCGUACUGGCGUACUGCUGGAUGGAUCGGAACACGCCCAAGGACGUUGUACAGGGAGUAGGAGGAGCAGAACGCGGUGUGACUCCUUCUUAGCCCAAGACCGUUCGGCUCAUUCAGCUCCCAACUCCCAAGGGCGUUGACGAACCAUUGCUUCUUCCUGCAGCCAUCUUCAGGUAACAACUUCCUUUUUCAUUUUCUACAAGAAAAUUAAGGUAGUAACAUGAACACCGCACCCGUCACGCCAAAGCCUGUGACGCUUCAUUUAUUAGAAGAACUUACAAAUAAUUUCUCUCCGGACCGGAAACUUGGUGGCGGCACGUAUGGAGAUGUUUACCUGGGAGAGCAUAAAAAUGGAGAAAAGAUUGCCGUGAAGGUGCUUAAAGAAGGUCUGGACCUUAACGAUGAGGAAUUUCAGAAGGAGUAUCACAACCUUGCAAAUCUUCACCACAAAAAUGUUGUCCGGUUAGUUGGAUAUUGCCACGAAACUAAGAGAGAAUUUGUACCGUACAAGGACGGGAUGAUUUUAUCUUAUAAGAUAAAAAGGAUGCUUUGCUUCGAUUAUAUGCACAAGGGAAGCCUUGGUUGUUUUAUUUAUGAUGAAUUUAAUGACCGUAAUUGGUGUACACGCUAUGCAAUAAUUAAGGGAAUAUGCGAGGGCUUGGAAUACCUUCAUGAGAAAUUAAAACCUCCUAUGUAUCAUUUAGAUUUAAAACCAGCAAAUGUAUUACUGGACGAGAACAUGUCAGCAAAAAUAGCAGAUUUCGGCGUGUCAAGGUUGUUCUUAGAAGAAAAGACAAGAAAGACAAACAGUGCUCUAGGAACACUUGGGUACAUACCACCAGAGUACAUAAACGAAGGUUUGAUCUCAAUUAAGUUUGAUAUAUUCAGUUUGGGUGUCGUGAUCAUAAAGAUAAUGACCGGACGAGAGGGCUACUUCAGAAUUGCUGAAAUGUCUUCCCAACAAUUCAUUGAGCUCGUACAUAUGGACUGGAUGAAUAGGCUACAACCGAUAUCAGUGCACGUAUAUUCUGUGCAAGUAAGGAGAUGCAUCGAAAUAGCUUUAAGUUGUGUGGAGGCUGAUCGACACAAAAGGCCAAGUAUUGGGUUAAUCGUCAGUGCUCUUAAUAAGACGGAAUCUUGUGUCCAGAUCCUUGAUGCAUUAAGAAAUGACUCAGCCUCAUCGAUCAACCAGCUGUGCCCUUGCAUUACCACCGAUCAUAAGAUGCUGCAUCUCCUCAAAGAAAAAUUGAUCUCUUAUCAACUCUGCAUAACUGACAACAGAAGUAAGGGGCGCUUAGUAACAAUAACAACCUCUUGUGAUCCGGAAGUUGGUACGUCAAAAUCUGAGCCGGUCAGACCGAGAAUCAAGAUCAUUAGAGACUACGAGGAGGGUUUGAGCGUGACGAUUAGCAUGGAUGCGCAUUCAACAAAGCCUUGGAUAUUGCUAGGUCAUGUAGGUGGCGAAGUCUCUAUUUGGAACCACCAGAACCAGACAAGAGUGAUGGCAAUCAACGACAAGAAUCGGGAGUUUCGGCCAAGGUCCACCAUUAGGGCAGCUAAAUUCAUCGAGCCGCUACAAGCAUUUGUGUUCGGUGAUACUCUAGGAUAUAUCGGUGUUUAUUCAUAUAUAAAAAAGGAGAAGCUGCAUAAUUUUAGAGGUCAUGCGAGUUGCGUCAACUCACUGGUGGUUCACCCCAGUGAGCCAUUAGUGCUCUCGGCAUCUCACGACGAGCUGGUCAAACUUUGGAACUGGGAGGCUGGCUGGCAAUGCAUACGGACGUUCAAAGGAUACUCGGGCCCCGUGUAUCAAGUCAAGUUCGACCCGCAGACUGCGGGAAACACUUUUGCUAGUUGCUCAAUUGACUUCACAAUAAAGAUUGACAGAUGUGGAACAUGGAUACUCCUACUCCCGUCGCCUCAUUCGAGUGCGAUCAAGGAUCUACUAGUGGUCUUGAUUAUUUCUGCCCGGGCGGGGCUUUGCAGUAUUUGGUUACAGACAGUGAGUAUCUGGGGAUUGCACAGAUCUGGGAUUUGCAAUCAAAUACAUGUAUUAAACUUAUCAACGGACUCCAAAAAAUGGGCUGCAAUAUUGCUGUGGUUGAACGUCCAUCAGGUCGUCCGAUUCUGCUUACAGUGUCAGAUGACCACACUAUUGCUUUUUGUGAUUCAACAACUCACAGGUAUGAUAAUAGGGUUAAUUUUAAUAUGGGACGUGUCGAGGGCUUCGCAUACAUUAAAAUGACAAAAAGCCUCGCCAUCCUGUGUUACAAGGGAAUUGCAAUCAUGGAAAUUGAUUAAUCUCCCACGAAGAUCCAUCAUCUAAUGAAGGUGACAACGGUUGGUUUCGACGAUCACUUGGUACACUGUAAGAUACCAUCCUUGGAUCGUUUGGUAUCAGUCAUCAUGUAUGCAGUGCGCAUUGGAAUUUUCGUGGAUACCAUCAUCUUGGUAAUAACGGAAUCAACAAAUUAAUGUUAACAUUGUCUACUUUUUUUGUGCGUCACCACAUUCUUCGUGCAUUGGAAUGUACCGUGCGUGCAGACUACCACUGUGUGAAAACCAAGUAGUUUCACCGUUUUAAUUGUGCUCUUACGUAGUACAAUUUGCUCUGC